UUGAUAUGUCGUGAUGCAAAAACACGUGAGCGAGAUGGUGCUAAUGGUAGGUAGUGGAACGAUAUAUCUUUUAUAACUAAUAUUAUUGGAUAAAUAUGCAGACGCGUCGUAAGUGUAAAGGAAGGUACUUGUGUAAAACAAAGAAACGGCUCGUAUACAUAUAUGUAUGCAUUCACAUAAAUCAACUAUUAACAAAUAACCUUCGAAGAAGAAUUUAUUAAUGGCAAGCCCAACGGAAAAAAUAGAAAAAGAGAAUAUCAAGUUAUCAUUCGUCAAAUGAAAUAAAGAACAAUUAAUGUUAUCAUUAAAUGGUUAUUUGUACAAAUGUAAUAAAGCAAAAGGAAACAGGAAGUAUUGGUAUUGUACACACAAAGAUUGUAAAAAAUCCAUUCAUACAGAUUCAAAUGAUGUUUAUGUCAAAGGAGGCAUUGAAGUACAUGACCAUGAACCAAAUCCUGAUUUAAUAGCUGCACGAAUCGUUCGAAACAAAAUAAAAGAACGUGCUGUUCAAGAAAAUAUACCACUCUCUAUGAUCUAUGAACAAGAAAUUUCAAACUCAUCAAUCAAUGCAACAACCACAGCUAUUCUGCCAACAUGUCAAGAGAUUGGUCCAACUUUGGGCAAGUCUCGAGCAAAAGUAGUGCCUGUACUUCCACAAACCUGUUUGUUCGAUAUUCCUGACCAAUUCAAAGAAACACUCGGUGGAAAUCGCUUCUUACUUAUUGACGAAUCAGUUGUUCGCCGUGAACGUAUUUUGGUCUUCUCGAGUGAUCGUCAAUUGGACAUGUUAUUUUCUUCACCUAUUGUGUACAUGGACGGCACUUUCUCAAAAUCUCCGAAACAUUUCAAGCAAAUUUACAUUUUACACGCUGUUCUAUUUGAUAUUUGUGUGCCUUGUGUUUUCUGUUUACUUGUGAAUAAAAAGGGUGCAACCUAUCGGCAUAUCUUCACUGAACUUAAAGAAAUUGCAACGAAACGAAAUAAAAUAUUUGCACCUCAAACAAUCAUGUCUGAUUUCGAAACAGGCAUUCUACCUGUAAUCAAAUCGGAAUUUCCUUUUGCUCAGCAUCAUGCCUGUUUUUUUCACUUUACUCAGGCAAUAUUUCGACAAAUCCAGCAGCUUGGAAUGCAAGCUAACUAUGCAUCAAAUGACGAUUUUAGGAUUUUAUGUCGAAAGCUUAUGGCUUUGGUACUUAUGCCCAAAGAUAAAGUUCUUUCUGGUUUUCAAGAAAUUGAAACAAAAGCUUAUGAAUCUUUAAAAAGAAAAGAUUAUCACGAGCAUUAA